CCUUUUACGUAAACAUACACUUGGUACAAUUCUGACAAGACAUGGGUCCUACAGAUUCGCCAGCACUCAAGCGCACGGCUUCAUCGCUUGAGGAAGCAGGAGAAGCAGUUUCUUUUUCUCGGCAUAAUGCUAAAAAAUCUCGUAAGAAUGAUAAUGAUACAGAAAUAGAGCAUACUGAGGACUGUGAAGAUCCUGAAUGUGAAGGAUGUGCCGAGGGAGAAAUCAUUCUUCAUUUCGACAUCAAACCCACUGCGAUGGAGGUAUUCAAAAUGGCACGUGAUGAGGUAGCAGCUGUCGAAGCAGGAUCGACCUUAGGAUCAUCAGGGACAAGAAGUUUGUCACGUCUAGCGAAGGCGUUAUUUGACCGAGCUAUUGAUGAGUUUGAGAUUUUGGAAAAGACACAGACACAUAUUGAGCUUAAUGAUGAGACGGAUGUGGCUAGACAAGUACUGGUGACGAAGAUCCAGCAUGCAACAUGCGUAGUCCUGAUGGGUCGAUAUAUUCCUUCGAUGGAGGUAUUAGAGGAUGGAACCCGAAUGUUUGAUGAACUAGCCAAAAAGACAGCCUAUCAGAAUGGACAUAUAUUGGUCGGUUUAGGUAUUGCUCAGCUCUCUCAGGCAGGAGAAAUUAGGCGUCAAGCAUUGAAGACAUUGGAGCUUGAAGAGGAUGAACUAACGGAAGAGCAGAUCGAGACCGCAGGUCAUAUUGGCAAAACAGAAAUGAACCUGAUUGAUAAUGCACUAGAAAACUUUGAUAAAGGGUUGAGCCUACUGAAGAAACGGAAAGAGGACCCCCCAGAAUCUGAAUCAACGUUUGCUCAGGAGUCGAUCCGCGCUGCACAAGAGUUAGAUGAGUAUGGUAACACUUUGGACGCCAAGCUCAAUCAAGAGCUCGCUUGCAAGACUUUUGAUCGAGCUCUGGAGCUUUUAGAAGAUGCACAAAAGCACAAGGCUGAUGCAGUAGAUUCAAGUGCAGAUGCAUUAAGUCUCUUUGGAUCUAUUCUCUAUAAUAAAGCGAAAGCAGCCGACAAUCAGGCAGAAGGCGAUGAGAACCCAGCCAAGGGCCUUUUGGAAAGAGCAAUUGAAAUGUUAGUUAAGGCAGAGAAUAUGCAAGGCGAGGAUGGCGAUGCAAAGACGUUGGAAACAUUGGGACAGGCCUAUCUGAUGUCGACGGGUCUAAUUGAGGACGAGGAUAUGAUCCUUGAGCGUGUGGAAGCUGCCAAAGAGAAACUCAGUCAUGCAUUGGCAUUGGAUCCUCAUAACCCCAAUCUUAGACAGCAAGUUGAGGCGUUAUGUGGUGGCGAUGAUAACUUCGAGUACGAAGAUGAUGAUGUGGAAACGGAGGAAGACGGAAACGACGAAGACAACGCGGAAGAGGAAGAUGAAUAAAACUACUGUUCUGCUUGUAUAUUUUUGUUCGUUUAUUUCAUUAUGAAUGAUUUGUAACGAUCAG